AUGUCGGGCGAGGCGUGGUUGUUUCUACUCGCCGUCCUUCUCAAUGCCGUCAAUCUCUUCCUGCAGGUCUUCUUCACCAUCAUGUACUCCGACCUCGAAUGCGACUACAUCAACCCCAUCGACCUCUGCAACCGCCUCAACAUGUACAUUGUACCAGAAGCCGGCGUCCACGCAUUCCUCACAAUAUUGUUCUUGAUCAACGGCUACUGGCUGCCUUUGCUCCUGAAUAUGCCCCUGAUCGCGUGGAACGGAAAGAAGAUCUUCGAAAACCAACAUCUCCUUGACGCGACUGAGAUCUUCCGCAAGCUCAACGUCCAUAAGAAGGAGUCUUUCAUCAAGCUGGGUUUCCACUUGUUGAUGUUCUUCUUCUAUCUCUACUCGAUGAUUGUAGCUCUCAUCAGAGACGAAAGUCGGUAA